CGAUUAUCGCGUCAUUCGGCGUGUGCUGGUGACGCGCGAGAGAGGGAGGGCGGUGGCACUCCGCAAGGGACACCGAGGUCGUUGGACGACUACAAUCAGGGACUGCUGGCGGACGCGCGCGUGUGUGGUGUGUGGGCGGAGCUAGUUGUACGCCCUCAGAGCGUUGUCGGAGACGGUGAUGGCAUAGUGACGAUGAGACACUGGACGCAAGCACUAGCGCAAGCCACGCCCACACGUCGCGUGCGCUGCACGCGCGCGCGACGUCAACCAGUUGUUGAGAGAAUUCAAUAG